AUGACUUCCACACCCGUCACCGGCGUGCCCGGCGUGGCCACGGCCGUGCCCAAGCUGGAGAAGAAGCCGGUCAAAUUCAGCAAUUUGUUGCUCGGUGCUGGUCUCAACCUAGUAACAUCUCUGGGACAGCCGCUGGAGGUCGUCAAGACCACCAUGGCUGCCAACAGGUCUGAAGGCUUCGCGGGAGCCAUUGGCCGCAUCUGGGCCCGUGGAGGUGUUCUGGGCUUCUACCAGGGCCUCAUUCCCUGGGCCUGGAUCGAAGCCUCCACCAAAGGAGCCGUCCUUCUCUUCGUCGCCUCCGAGGCCGAAUACUACGCCAAGUCGUUCGGCGCCCCAGACUUCGUCGCCGGUAUAUCUGGUGGAAUGACGGGUGGUCUUGCCCAGGCCUAUGCCACCAUGGGCUUCUGCACGUGCAUGAAGACGGUUGAGAUUACCAAGCACAAGGUCGCGGCCACUGGUGCCAAGCCCCCAGGCACUCUCGAGACCUUCAUGCAGAUCUGGCGCACCGAGGGUCUCCGCGGUAUCAACCGUGGUGUCAACGCCGUCGCGGUGCGCCAGGUGACCAACUGGGGUUCCCGCUUUGGUCUUUCCCGUGUCGCCGAGACUGGUAUCCGAAAGGUGACCAACAAGGAGCACGGCGAGAAGCUGAGUGUGGUUGAGAAGAUCACGGCUUCAGCUCUCGGUGGUGGUUUGAGUGCGUGGAACCAGCCCAUUGAGGUUAUCCGCGUGGAGCUCCAGUCCAAGACGGUCGACCCCAACCGUCCCAAGAACCUGAACGUCGCCUCGGCGUUCAAGUACAUCUACUCAAACAAUGGUAUCAAGGGUCUUUACCGUGGCGUUACUCCUAGAAUUGGACUUGGCGUUUGGCAGACGGUUUGCAUGGUAGCUCUGGGUGACGUUGCCAAGGAGGCUGUCGAGAAGCUCACGGGCGACAAGUUCCCCGCGCACGACUUGUCUCCAAGCUUGUGUACAUGGCGUUGCGACCUGACCGCGUUCUCGCAGCGGCACAAUCUUUAUUUUCUUGCUUCAACUAGGAAUAUACACAUAUACAGGCCGGGAUUUCCUGACCAGAAUUUGGGUACCGACCCUGAUCUUAUCCUUCAUCCGCCUGAAACUGGCCAUCGCGGCUUGGGCAUCGCCCCUUGGGAGUCCCACUCGAUCAAUCGCAUUCUGGUCGAAUAUCUGGGCAACGAGGAGAUACUUCUUGUCGCUUGCGACGAUGGCGAUGUAAUCGGAUAUCGCACCGAAGUUAUUCAUCGAGCUAUAGAACGCGCCAGCCAAGACGGAGCCGCUAGUGAAGAUGACGUUCAUGUCUUCCUCCAUCGGAACGUCGGCGCAAGUGCAUGGGGCUUGGCUGUACACCGAGAGGCUCGCAUUAUUGCCAUCAGCGCGAACACAUAUCGGAUUACCGUCAUCGCAUAUGCGCUUGCACAGGACACCGAUGAAUUGGACACCUUAAAAGACAACUGCGAGUCGUCGAGAUGCAUUCCACAAUUUCCUUUCUGGAGACAGACUGAGACCGUUUUUACCCUCUCGGCGACAAACAAUCUACCAGCAUUGUCUUUCUAUCACAACUCAGGACGCUGGCUCCUGAGCAGCUGCAUCGAUGGCAAGACUACACUCUGGGAUCUUCAUACGAGACGAGCCGCAGUCACCUGCCAACUGGGAUGGUGUAUCAGUGCAAAAGACCUUUCGAGUCCGCCCAGUUAUGGAUCACGAGGUUUCACAUGCGCUUGUCCGGCUGCUUCCAACGUGCUCCACGGAGCCUGGGGUACAAUGGUACUGGAUACACGAUCUGCCUAUUACCUACCGCCCGAAGCAGAACAAAGCCUGGGCUCCAGAGACGUGUCAGAUGUCUUUCGAGAUGUUAGUGCUCAAAAGAAGCGCUUCACGGUGGAGAACCGCAGUACCCGUAUUCCAUACAUGGAGCUUAGUGAAAGCGAGGAUGAGCUGAGUGAUUUUGAAGACGAGGAAGAUUCUGUAGAUGGGCAGAUGCAAGAGGCACAGCCAUCUGAUUCCACACAGGGAGACGAUGGGCCAAGGCUUGAACCCAGCUUGGCACUGAAACCGUAUUGCGCAAUCAUCAAAGACCGACAGUCUAUGAAUGACAAACUUACAGAAGAAGACCUCGACUCGCCCUUUGUCAUCAUGACAAAAGAAGACAUAUUCCUCGUCCAGCGGCCCCUCGCCACAAACAUGCAAAACCCCAGCAACCGCAUUGUAUCGAUGCAGCGACCCCUGCACCCCGGCACGUGGGUUCCCUCGCUCCCCUCACAAAACCGGCAUUGCUUCUACGCGCAGAUCCCCGAGCUGGGCGUCUUCAUCGUCGCCUCGCCUAUUGGCCGUGCAGCCGUCUUUUCGCUGUACUGGACGCAGGACCGUGGUAGUCCGCGCAGACGAUACGGCGUCAAGCUCGAGUACCUGUUGCCGUUUUGCCCCGACAACGAAAAUCAGAUUGCGGGCGUGCCGUUUGGCCGCAUGCUUGGUGUGGCUGUUUCACCGGUCCAGGGCAUGCUCGAUACAUGGAGUGAUAUCCAAGGCCCAGACCCCGAACACAAUGGUAUCCGGCAGCCUCGACGAUGGCGCCUACUCAUGUACUACAUGGACCAUAGCGUGCUGAGCUUUGAGUUGUCGAAACCAACGAGGGGAAGCGAAGCACCUGGUUUGGGGGAUUUGGUAGUGUAG